AUGCGCACAUUGACACCUGCCGACCUCAAUCCCGCCAUCCUUAAUGUGCAAUACGCUGUACGCGGCGAGCUUGCCAUCAAGGCGGAUGAGCUGCACGACAAGCUCAAGUCCGAAGAUUACAAGGAUACGCUUCCCUUCACGAAGGUCAUCUCCAGCAACAUUGGCAACCCUCAGCAGAAGGGACUCGACCAGCCGCCCAUUACUUUCACUAGACAAGUUGCGGCGUUAAUGGAGUACCCGCCGCUGGUCGAGAUCGUCAAGGACAAGUGGCCCGCAGACGUGAUCGCGCGCGCACAGGAACUGCAGGAGGAGAUCGGUUCCGUCGGCGCAUACUCACACAGCAAGGGCAUUCCGCUCAUCCGCAAACACGUCGCGCAGUUCAUCACUGAGCGCGACGGCUACCCCAGUGACCCGGAAGACAUUUUCCUCACCGCCGGCGCAUCUGCAGGCGUAUCGCUUCUGCUCAACGUGCUCAUCACCCCACACAAAACCGGCAUCCUCAUCCCAAUCCCGCAGUACCCGCUCUAUACCGCGACGCUCGCGCAGUACAACGGGACCCCGCUCCCGUACCACCUCUCCGAGCCAGACGGAUGGAAGACGUCACUCGACGAGAUAAGAGCCGCGCUCGCGCGCUCCGAGGACGCUAAAUCUGACGUAACGCCCCGCGCACUCGUCGUCAUCAACCCGGGGAACCCGACCGGCGCGCUACUCGACGUGCCAACGAUGGAGGCGCUCGUGCGGCUGUGCGAGGAACACUCGCUCGUGCUGCUCGCGGACGAGGUCUACCAGGAGAACCUGCACCGCCGGGACGCCCACCCGUUCCACUCAUUCAAGCAGGUCGUUCGCCGCCUCGGAUCGCCCAUCGCGCUCGUCUCGUUCCACUCCAUUUCCAAGGGCGUGUUCGGCGAGUGCGGCCGGCGCGGGGGCUACUUCGAAUGCUGCAACAUUCCUGCGGAUAUCCGCGCGCUGCUGUACAAAAUGGUCAGCGUCGGCCUAUGCCCGCCGCUCUCCGGCCAGAUCGGCGUUGACUGCCUCGUGCGCCCGCCCAAACCCGGCGACGCGUCCUACCCGCUGUGGAAGCAGGAGACAGACUCGAUUCACGCCGUGCUCGCGAGCCGCACGCAGCUCAUGUCCGACCGCCUCAACGCGCUCCCCGGCGUGUCAUGCGUGAACUCUCCCGGAGCACUCUACCUAUACCCCAAGCUCGAGCUCCCGCAAAAAGCGAUCGAUGCGGCACAUAAGGUGGGCAAGGAGGCGGACACGCUGUAUGCGCUCGAGUUGCUCGAGGAGACGGGCAUUUGCGUUGUUCCUGGAUCAGGAUUCGGUCAAAAGGACGGCGAACACCACUACCGUUUGACAUGCCUGUGCCCCGGCGUGGAGGAGUACGUGGAUAUGCUGGAAAAGUUCCACAAGCAGUUCCUGCAGAAGUACGCCGCGACGAUUGCAUGA